AUGAAGGAAAAUGGUGUACUGUGCUAUAAGUGCAAGAAGAAGAAUGCUGUAGUUUGCACAAGGGAGAAAUCGUGCAAGGAUUGCUUUUUACAACUGGUCGAAUAUACAUUUAAGAAUACGUUAAGGGAAAAAUGUCUGUUUAAAAGCAAGGGGGGUCACAAUUUUCAACUUCCAGGACAGCUUAUAAAGAAGAAUGAUAAAAGGGAGGAUAUGCAGGAACAGAAGUGCAACAAACCGGUUGCACAUGGGGAAUAUGCCCCCUGCCAGAAUGGACACUUGGCGGGAAGAAGCUGUUGCAAGGAGCUGAACGAAGGAAUGUGCUCGGACGGGAUAGAAAGGAAGGGAAAAAAUGUCACCACAUUGAGUAUGCAACCGGAAAAGAAAAAAACAGCUAUCGCGUUUUCCGGGGAAAUUUGCUCGUCUUUUCUACUCUUUCUGUUUGUAAAAUAUUUGAAAAACGUAAAAAAUAGGAAAAAUAAUAUGUUGCUGACAAAUGAAUUUUGCGUUUUUAGCGAAAUAAUAUUCGUAGACAUUUUUCAAGAUGAAAAUUAUAUUCUUAGUUUGAUAAGAUCUAUCGAGGAGAUAUUCCGCCGUUUCGAGGAGAGCGGCGAUUCGAAGGGGGGGAGUAACGAUGAGCAGGUGGACAAAUCGGCACACCAGGAAGUGUACCACACGGACAGCAAAUCUGAAGAACACGGGGAGGAAACCCAACACAGUCACAAACAUGACGAAUCGUCGCCCGCAAAUGGCUACGACAAGAUACCUUUCGUUAAGGGGGUAUUUAAAAAAAAAAUAAACAAAGUACACUUCACAGUGUUGAAAUGUAAUUAUUUUGUGAAUGAUCAGUAUAAAAGGGAAUUUCUAGUGCACUACGAUUUGGUGAAAAAGGAAAAAAAAAAUUAUUACCUAAAUUACAUAAACGAGCUAAUUAUAUACAAUGCCAUUUUAAAGUACAGCAUGGACGAGAACAUCAAUUACGUCCUCUUUGGAAAUAACGCAAAUAACAUCUCCAACAAAUCAUUUCUGUACACCAUACUUGGUAACGGAAUAAAUCUACCCAUAUGCACAGCAUACAUAGACAACAGAUAUAAGAAUAUAAAUUUGAUAAAGCCAUUGAGGGAUCUCCUAAAUAAAGAAAUAUAUAUUUACUGCUUUUAUAAAAAUAUUGCCUAUUUACGGAACACAUCCUUUGAUGGGAAUAUCGUCUAUAGCACCAUAAAUGAAAUGCUGUCUUCUCUGGAUUCGAAGAAUAACACUUCGUCCAUAAUUAACAACACGACGGGCAAUUUGGUAAACAUAGCCAAUUUGACCAACAUGACAAACGUGGCAAACAUGACAAGUGAUACGCAGCAACCCCGUGGAGGAAAGAAUCAAGAGGACUACAACCUUACUAAUGUGAAUAGGCAAGAUGGAGAAAAAAAUAGCGACGUAGAAGUUAUCCCAGAAAAGUUACACCGCCACAGCGAUAUUGAAAAGGGUCACGGCGCAAACACGUAUAAGAAUUUCUUUGCCUGCCAUAUAUGCUCAGGCAAUAAGGAGACACAGGAAGAGAAGGAGUUUAUAAAAAAGAUGAACAAAAUUCAGUUAACAAACUUGGAGAAAAUGAAGCACACCAGUUUGAUUUGUUCCACGUGCUUGAGCAUAUUUUCUUCCAGCGAUAACUGCGUGAAUCUUUUUAAUGUCUUCUUUUAA